AUGGCCGCUCCACUCGUGCGGCAGUUGAGCUGCCUCAGAUUGACGCCUUCAAUCCAUCAGUCUGCCAGCCGUCGGUGCAUCUCAACGAUCUACUCCGCGAGGCGCGAACCCACUUCCCUCCCGUCGAACAUCCCCGAGCAGUUCCUGUCGCAGUUACCAUCGCGCCUGAAGAAGGAGUCCGAAGGCCCCAAGAAAAUCAAAAUCUACCCUCCUCCGCCAUCAUCCCGUGCUGCAUGCAAAGAUCCUGUGGCCAAGUUCACCGAGACACAAUUGUCGGUCCUCGACCCCAAGGGCGAACGGAAGGCCCUAUUCGACUACCGCCGGAACCCGCGCAGUGUUAAGCCUGGUGAUAUCCUGCGGGUAACAUUCAAGAAUGGUGACCCGUUCAAUGGCGUCUGUCUGAGCAUCCGGUUGCGUGGCAUUGACACCUCGUUCUUGUUGCGGAACGAGCUCAUGCGUGUUCCGGUCGAGAUGUCUAUCAAGGCUUUCAGCCCCAAUGUGAAGAGUGUGGAGAUUGUCCAGCGAUCACAGAUCAAGCGCAGAAGGGCGCGCUUGUUCCAUAUGAGAGACCGCAAGCACGACCGCCGCAGUGUCGAGAAUCUCGUGGACAGUUACAUCAAGCAAAAGAGGGCAUUUAUGGGCAAGCGGUGA